UAAAUAAACACAACAAUGUACAAAACUUUUAAGCACACAGUACAACCUUUAUAUGCAUGCAUUUACUAAUAUGUCUAAAAUAUUUUUUUGAAAAAAAUCAAUUUAUUUUUCAGGAGUUUAGAUUAUUAUUAAAUAUAAAUUCUGAAAUUCCUAUAUUUCUACACCAUGUUCUCUGUUGUUUUUUUCAGUGUAACAUUUGGCCCUAAAGAAAAAAAGGUGUAGAGAGAGUGAGAGUGAUUUUGUUGAGAAAGAAGAAAAUGGAUAGGUACCAGAAGGUGGAGAAACCAAGGCCAGAGGAACCCAUUAAGGAGAAUGAGAUCAGAGUCACUGCACAAGGUCUUAUUCGAAAUUACAUUAGCUAUGCCACCACUCUUCUUCAGGACCAACGAACAAAUGAAAUUGUUUUGAAGGCAAUGGGACAGGCUAUCAGUAAAACAGUUGCCAUUGCAGAGAUUAUUAAGAAGAGAAUUCCUGGGUUGCAUCAAGAUACAUCUAUCAGCUCAACUACCAUAACUGAUGCAUAUGAGCCCCUUGAAGAGGGUCUACAACCCUUGGAGAUGACUCGUCAGGUCUCGCUGAUAACAAUUACUUUGUCGACUGCUGAGUUGAAUCAAAGCUCUCCUGGCUACCAAGCUCCGUCUCGUUUUGAUCAGUCAGGAGCAGAGAAUCAACAACUGCAGCAAGGGAAACAAGCCUAUGUUCCUUCUGAUUUUAAUCAAGAUUCCUAUGAUGUCCGUGGUCGAGGCCGAGGUAGGGCCAGAGGCAGAGGGCGUGGAAGGGGACGCGGCAGGGGUGGUUAUGGAAACUACUAUCAAGAUGAUGGUGGAUACUAUAACCCAGGUCGAGGUGGUGGAUUAGCAGAUGAUGGUACAUUUUAUAACCCAAGUCGAGGUGGCGGAUUUGCAGAUAAUGAUGGAUAUUAUAAUCAAGGUCGAGGCGGUGGGUUUGCAGAUAAUGGUGGAUAUUAUCAACAAGGUCAAGGUGGUGGUCGAGGCAGAGGUUGGGGAUACCGUGGCACGGGAUACGGAAGGGGCCGAGGCGGAGGCUGGGGUGGUGGCAGAGGUUAUAGUCGUGGACGAGGCCGGAUGGGUGGUCGAGGAGGAAGGGGUGGUGGAAACCAGUAUAGGCAAGAAGAAUUUGCUGUCAGAGCUUGAUAGGAAAAAAUAUUGCACAACCCUUUGGCAUGGUGUGAAACUCUUUUGAGUGAAUUUUCAUGCAGUUUUGUUUGAUGUUACUUGGCUAAAGGUUCUGUUACUUUGGUUGGUUCUUGUUUUUUCAUAUGAUUCAUUUAUUUUGAUGUCAUGUAAUAAGUUUUCAUUUUUUUUAGUGUAUAUAGACUCUUUACUUCACCUCCCUUCCAUAGUAGUAAUUUCGAGUUUGAGCCUUGAGAAUGGAGAAUUUUUUGGUGGACGACUUUACUUUUGUGUGAAUGUUCAAGGUUAAAUGAAUAAAUGAAGCUAUGAUUGCUUUCAGAUGGA